UCCAGCCCCUCGCUCUCUCUGUAUCAGCCUCUCACUCCGUCUCAAUAUGUCUCAAGAUGGCGGCCAAUGCGGGAUCGAUGUUUCAAUAUUGGAAGCGCUUUGAUUUACAGCAGCUGCAGAGAGAACUGGAUGCCACCGCCACAGCCCUGGCCAACAGACAGGAUGAGAGUGAGCAGUCGAGGAAAAAGCUCAUCGACCAAAGCCGUGAGUUCAAGAAAAACACACCAGAGGAUCUGCGAAAGCUGGUAGCUCCGUUGCUCAAAGGCUUCCAAGCAGAGAUCGACGCGGUGAGUAAAAGAAGUAAGGAGUCAGAGGCUGCCUUCCUAAGUGUGUACAAGAGAUUCAUCGAUGUCCCAGACCCUGUGUCGGUCCUGGAGGCUACCCAGCAGCUACAGCUGAAGGUCCAGAGGAUGCACGACAUCGAGACGGAGAACCAGAAGCUCCGCGAGACGCUGGAGGGCUACACCCAGGAGAUCGCUGAGGUCAAGAACCACGAGGUCACAAUUAAAGCACUUAAGGAGAAGAUAGAAGAGUAUGAAGAGACCCUGAAGAAGCAGGCCAAGGAGCUGGGCCAGGAGGAGAGGAGAGAGGAAGAGAAGGAGAAGAAAGAGGGCGAGGAUGGGCAGCUCCACAACAACCAUGCAGAGGAGGCGUGUCAACAACAGGAGAACCAGGAGUCUGCGGUGUCAAAGCUGGAGGAGGCAGACAGUAAGGCCCAGUCCCUACAGACAGCACUUGAAGCAACUCAGGCAGAGCUUUUGGACCUGAAGAGCAAGUAUGACGAAGAGUCAACAUCAAAGGCCAAUGAGAUUGAGGUGGUGAUGUCAGACCUAGAGAGAGCCAAUCAGAGAGCGGAUGUAGCGGAGAGGGAAGCAGAGGCUCUUCGGGAACAGCUGACAUCCGCCAACAAGUCUCUCCAGCUUGCCACACAGAUCCAGAAGGCCCCUGACAUGGAGCAAGCCUUGGAGGUUCUGUCACGUUCCAGUCUGGAGGUGGAGCUGAACGCAAAGGAGCGGGAGGUACUGCACUUGGCUGAGGACGUGCAGAGACUGCAGGCCAGCCUGGCCAACGUCCGUGAGAACUCGGCCUCGCAAAUCAGCCAGCUGGAGCAGCAGCUCAGCACCAAGGAGAGCUCACUCAAGCAACUGGAGGAGAAACUGCAGGAGCAGGCAGACUACGAAGGCAUCAAGAAAGAGCUCAGUUUCCGCAAGUCAGUAGAGUUCGGCUCUUCAAACUACUCUUCAGCACAGGACUCUAAGAAGCCUCUGGAGUUGUUGUUGGAGAAGAGUCGAGGCCUGCAUUCUGAGAGCUCCUCCCUGCGCCUGAACAACAGUGAGCUGAGUAGUUUGAGAGAGCGAAAGGUCAAAGAGUCAUCAGAGGGACAACAGCGUCUCUGCACCACACCCAUGGGCACCAACUUGAAAGGCUCCCCUCCCCCUCCCUCCUCUCAGCUCCUCCUGCGCACUGGCUCAGGUGGUUCCUCCGACACCACCCCUGUCACUGCCGCCAAUGGCACACACCACUUCUCGCCCACGAGUGGCGGGCUAGGUGGGCAGGACUUCUUCAGCCCCUCCUCUCUGGCGUCGGCGGGCACCGCUUUCCCCCUGGGGGGCAAGGUGGUGCUCAACUCCCUGCUGCAGCGCCAGCUCAUGCAGACCUUUUACUCCAAAGCCCUGCAGGACUCCGUGUCCGCCUCCGGCCAGGCCCUGCUCUUCUCCCCUUCCAACUACCCCACCCAUAACUCCCUUUCAGCCAGCCCCCUACCACCCCAUCAGUCUUUGCAGUCGCAAUCCCAGAACCCGUCAGCGGGCAGCCCGGAUGUCAACGGCCUCGCCCCCUCGCCCAGCCAGUCAGAAGGGGCGGGGAGCAUCUCUGAAGGCGAAGACAUGGACACGUCUGAGAUAGCGCGUCAGGUCAAGGAGCAGCUGAUCAAGCACAACAUUGGGCAGAGGAUCUUCGGCCACUACGUGCUGGGGUUGUCCCAGGGCUCGGUCAGUGAGAUACUGGCCAGGCCCAAACCCUGGAACAAGCUCACCAUCCGGGGCAAGGAGCCCUUCCACAAGAUGAGGCAGUUCCUGUCCGACGAGCAGAACAUUCUGGCACUGCGCAGCAUCCAGGGGAGGCAGAGAGAGAACCCAGGCCAGAACCUGAACAGAGUGUUUCAGGAGGUUCCGAAGCGAAGAACCGGCUCCGAAGGCUCCUCGAGGCCAGGUAACAUCACCACGCGGAUCCGCACCUCGGAGAGUGGCUCAGAUGAGGCCAUCAAGUCCAUCCUGGAACAGGCCAAGAGAGAGCUGCAGGUUCAGAAGGCUGAUGGUGUGGAGGACAGACAGCGACGACAGACAGGUUACCCCCGAGGCAUGGGCAACUAUUUUGCAAAAUAUGCACAAAGUCUCAGACUUGACUCGUCCCAGCCCCCUCCCUCGUCCAGCAUUGGUGGUGGUGGAGGUGGUAUCGGCUCAGGUGGAUCCUCCAGCUCAGACGAGACCAUCCGCUCCAUCCUAGAGCAGGCAAGGAGAGAGAUGGAGGCCCAGCAGGCCGCCCUAGAGCCCAUCCUCAAGGCAUCCUCCAUGGGCCCCUCCGACCUGGCCCUGCUCUCCCCCAAACUCCUGGGCGCGCCAAUCCUCCCGGCAUCCUACUCGCCCCUGGCCCUCUCCCUAAAGAAGCCCUCCAUCCCCCCAACCUCCUCUCCCUCCUCACUCCUGGAUUUCCACUCUGCCAUGGUGAAGAAGGAGGCAGGAGAAGUGGUGGGAGAAGGCGGGGGAGGAGGAGGGUUGCUAAUGGAUGGUGGGACCAAGCAGGGGCGAGGCUCCUGGAGGGAUCAAUGGUGGAGCAGUAUGCACCCCGGGGGGCAGGGAGCCACGGCAAGCCUGAAUGACGAUGUGCGUAGUCAGGAGGACAGCAAGGAGAAGCCUCCCCUGCUGGCCGGCUCAUCCUCGGUGCUGGCACCCUCCUCCGUCUCCAUCUCCUCCUUGGACUACUGGAAGGACUGGCCCCGGGCCGAGUCCCCGUACUCCCAGGCCAGCUCUGAGCAUGGCGGGGGCACCAAAACCCAGGGGCCCAGCCGCGCCGACACACCCCAGAGCAGUCUCUCUCCCCUAAGUUUGGGGCCUCUGGGGUCCCUGUUGACCCCCGCAGCCAAACAAGCCAAGCCUGUGGUGGCGCCGCUCACUCCUGAGCAGUACGAGUUCUACAUGUACCAAGAGGUGGACACGACCGAGCUCACGCAGCAGGUCAAAGACAAGCUGGCCAAGAACGGCAUCUGCCAGCGCAUCUUUGGAGAGAAGGUGCUGGGCCUGUCUCAGGGCAGUGUGAGCGACAUGCUGUCCAGGCCCAAGCCCUGGAGCAAGCUGACCCAGAAGGGCCGGGAGCCCUUCAUCCGCAUGCAGCUCUGGCUCAACGGAGAGCUGGGCCAGAAUGUCCUGCCUUUACAGGGCCAGCCACAAGAAAACACCCCAAAGACCUCAGCCAGCUGCAGCCCGGCCCCGGAGUCCCCCCUCAGCUCAGCCGAGGAGUCCGUGAAGAGCCUUGGGGAGCAGGGGGGAGGAGGAGGGGGAUGUGGAGGAGGAUCAUCCCAGGUCCCCCCCAGGGAGCCCAGCGAGCCCUCUGAGUCCCAGCCCGGCACGCCACUGCCCGUCCCCGGCCACUCAGGUCUCAGCAUCCAGGAGAUGGUGGCCAUGUCCCCAGAGCUGGACACCUAUGUCAUCACCAAGAAGGUCAAGGAGGUGCUGACCGACAACAACCUCGGUCAGCGUCUGUUUGGGGAAACGAUCCUGGGUCUGACUCAGGGCUCGGUGUCUGACCUGCUGGCGAGGCCCAAACCCUGGCACAAGCUCAGCCUGAAAGGACGCGAGCCCUUCGUCCGCAUGCAGCUCUGGCUCCAGGACCCACGCAACGUGGAGAAACUCAUGGACAUGAAACGCAUGGAGAAGAAAGCGUACAUGAAGCGGCGCCACAGCUCUGUGAGCGAGAGCCAGACGGCGGACAGUGGUGGCCUGUCAGGGGGAGACUUCAGCCAGGGAUGCAGCCCCCAGCACGGCCUCGGCCACCACCUGCACCAGCAGCAGCCUCCCCAGCAGCACCUGAAGAAGGCCCGUGUGGUGCUGGCCCCCGAGGAGAAGGAGGCCCUGAAGAGGGCCUACCAGCAGAAGCCCUACCCCUCGCCCAAGACCAUUGAGGAGCUGGCCUCACAGCUCAAUCUCAAAACCAGCACCGUCAUCAACUGGUUUCACAACUAUAGGUCUCGUAUCCGACGGGAGCUUUUCAUCGAGGAGAUCCAGCGAGGUGAGGGCGGCUCCCCGUCCACCAGGGCGGGCAAGGCCAGUGAGGGCGACAGCUGUGACGGUACCGAGUCAGAUGGCACAGUGGAGGGCACACGCCCCGGCCACGAGCACCACCCGGCCUCAGAAGGUGAGGGGGGGUCCGACCACAGAGACGACGGCACCACGUCAGCCACUGGCAGCAAUGCUGCAGGUACCAGUGGCCACCACAAGGGCGGCGCCCUGGACAGCCUGUUCAGUUUCCCCGAGAGCAUCCAUGUUUCCUCUGCGUCUGUUGCCACCACCACUGCUGCCCGCAACCCCCGCGACAGCAGCCUGCGCAAGAAGAAAGCCGCCAACCUCAAUAAUAUCAUCCACCGCCUGGAGAAGGCUGCCGGUAAAGACGAGCCCCACGAGUGGGAGUUCUGAUACGGUACCCCUGCUGCUGGAGAGUGAGAGUUACUAUUUUUCUAGUGCCCUGACUGCACAGUUCCAAGGCCAAGACUGGAGCAGUGCUGCCAGAGAGGAACUGGCAUCUUUUACGACUUUUCAUAUCAAAGAGGGUUCAUAGAUUUUUUUCAAGAAGCGAAACAACAGCAACAACCUGGCUUUGUUUGGAGAAGCACUUAACAACCCUGCUGGCCACAGGGCCCCAUCACCACCGGCCAAAGGUGCGGAGGAGACGAAAGACUUGCGCUACUCACAGAGGAGCGUCACUCCACGGGAGGAAACUGUCACGAGAAGCAAUUAUGUGUUUUAUUUGUGUGCGUGUGCGUGUGUGUGUGUGUGUGUGUGUGUGUUUCCCUUUGAGAGAUUUAUUCACCACCUCAAAGUUUUUCUAACCUUGUUCGCUCAGUGAGUUUUCACAUCUAGUAGACUAACUGUUACAAUGUUUUCCCCUUUUUCUGUUUUCGAAGAGGAUCUUUCUCCUCAUAACUCCAUUGCAGUUCUUUGGCUUUCUGAUAGGAUCGUCAAACAAAAAAAGAGAAUGAAAAGCCAAGCAUUUAGAAAAUUAGUCUGCAGGAGAGGAGAACCCUUUCCCAAGCAAUGUUCCUUUCUGUGCCCCAAAAGCUGCCAUGUAAUGGCACUGGAACUCUUAAUAUGCUAUCCACUCUAUUGAGAAAAGAAUUAACAUUUUUAUAAAAUUAUUUUUCUCCUCUGAGAAAGAAAAAAAACUUUAUAGCAAUUUGGUUGCCACUAAGAGAUUGCACAGUCGGUCGACUUUAAACAAUGCUAUUUUAGAUUCCUAAAUAUUUGGGAAGAGUAAAAUCUGAAGUGAAAUACUCAUCAGUUGAAUGGAACUUUGAAAAAAAAGUAUCACUUUAAUUCACAGUUUUUCAACGUACAACAUAAAAUGCAACGGUCAUGUCAGGAAAAAGGAAAAAUCAGAAAAACAUCUUGUGGUAGCUUACUUUGUGUUCUUUCUCGUGGGUGAUCUAGAAGCUCUUUGAUAAGUAGUGUACAUUUCUUUCAUAGCUUUAACUGACUUCCGGGGGACGCCAUUUUGGUGGCACCGGGAGCGUUUGUUUAAUACACUCCAUUUUAGGCCAAAAUCAGGUUUGAGAAAAAAAGAAAAUAAACAAAAAAGUUGUAUACAAGUUCAUGGAGAAAAAAAACUAUUUCAGUCGAGAUAUUAAAAAAAAUAAAAAAGUUGCAAACUUGCUUUUUAGCCUAUUUUAACCACAAAAACCACACUAUUAAGACCUCAGAACCAGGGUGUACAGUAGAGCCGACGGCCGCUGCACUUCACAGCCUGGCCCUCGGAUGGGGAGGCUUGCGUUUCAUUGGGUGAAAAAGCCAGGAGAUGCACAGCUCACUUUACUGUAUAUUCCAAGCAUCUGGCUCUUUUGCUCUCAACUCUUUACCUACGGUUGUGUGUAUAUUUGUACAUUGUAAAAAGACAGAAAAGAAAGACAAGAAACCCCAGCUGUUGCGUGUCGGUCCUUACAUGCGGUGCACUACGAGUCUGAGGAGGAGAUGGACUCUCCUCUGCUUGUGUGUUCCCAUACAGAGCUACAAGACUGACCUGGUCAUGGUCAACCAGUCACACGUCCCUCCUUUAAAACCCUUUGACAUAUAUUCUCCACGGGCUGCCAUGUUGUGUUGCGCAGAGGUCAAGAGGUCAAAUGUACGAAACCGUGCCAAGGCUUAGUAGAGAUAAUUCAAGGUACAUUUUUAUAAAUUGAAUAACCAACACCAAAAGUUAUAUCCAAAGUAGUGUCGAUGUGACAAAGCCCCAUCCAAGUUGGUUGUCUCUUUCAAAGUCAAGCUGAUUCUCCCACCAAUCUUGAUGCGCUCACUCCUCCUUAUAUUAUGACCAGUUUUAUGAUCAAUUCAUGACUGUUACGUAGCAUCUCCAUUCUCCACUGGUCACAACAAGUCCUCUUACUUUCAGCUGUAACUCUUGGCCUGCCCCAUGUGAAUAUAUCUCAGAGGUUAAGAUCACUUGACACGGGUCAAUGGAAGAAAACAAAGACAUUAGUUUUAUACUUAACCCUCAACCCACCCUCCCUUCCCCAGAUAUGGUAGAACAUUAGACCCCUCCCGCACACAUCGCAACCUCUUCCCUUUUCCCCCUUUCCUCCUCCUAUGCCACAAGCUCACAGUGCCUGCCCGCCCACUGCCUCUCCCUGUGUGUUUGAGUGUGUGAGAGCACACACGUACGUGUACACAAGUAGGCGUGUGUGAUUUUUGUAUCCACGUACCGUAAGAAGGGGGUGUGAGGGUGUGAGCGAGGACUAGCUUCCCUGCUCUGCCAUACACACCCUUGAGUGUGUGUGUGUGUGUGUGUGUUUUAUAAGUCUGUGUGGCUUUGAUUUGUAUAUAGCUGCACACACGUAGAGUGCACAACUGCCACCCUUUGUUUCUUCUAAGCUGUUUUCUAAAUGAUACGGCUUACGGCAUAGCAGACUCACAAAUACAGUAGGUCCCCUUUAUUGCCAUAUUAAAGACAAGCAGUAGAUCACUUCAACAAAGUUUUUUUGUUUCAUGUUUUUGUUAUGCUUAUUUAUAGGUGCUGUAUUUUACAUUUUAAUGUCUUAUUUGAUUUCUGUUCAUUAUUGUUGUUAUUAUUGUAUGGAAGGGACUAUAAGGGGUCAUAUAAUAUUUUUUUUGACUGAUAGACUGCCGGCAGUAUUGGGUUAUACGUACGAGAUUUAGUUGUCAUACAUGUAUAUUUAGUGAUCUUUGAAGACGUUUUGACAGUGUCAUUUAUGUUGUUUGAGCUGAAAUGGGAGAGCAUCCUGACAACGUCGUCUAUAGCAUUAUGGUGCAUUCACCGUUCAUGAUUUGAUGCGUCUGUGCAUUUCUAUUUUCCUCUUUCAUUUCAACAAACAUGAUUGAAAUCAGGUUGACUUAUAUUCUCUUUUGUACAUUUUCCGUGUAUUACUGAACCCAGCACAGGACCGAAGUUGUGGUUGGGCUCAAGAACCAGUAGCAUCUGAAGGUCUGGAACUGCUGUACUUUGGCAUCACCUCUGAAUCUGACACGUAUCUUUGGAGAUUUCUCAGCUUUGUUUGAGAUGAAUGAAGUGAGGUAGAUUUGAUCUAAAAUAAGCAGUGAUCACAUCACUAUAUAUGUGCUUAGAUCCAGCAAGAGUGUGACUUUGGCGUUUCCUGUUUAUUGGACUAUAAACUGGGAUGCACUGGCUACAUUUUGUGACGCUCUUUGUACUACGUACACCUACUAUUUAGAAGAUUAAUAUUUCCUCAAUUAUUAUUUGCUAAAUAUAGGUUUAGUUCCUUCAGACAAAAAAAACUGAUCAAAUGACAUUUUUAUACUAACAGUAACACAAACAGCUGUGUAAAGCACAAGCACUACUGACCAAAAACCUCUUUAAAAGGGGGGGAAGGCAACUUUACCUUAAAAUAUUUAAUUGCAUGCUCAUGAAUAUUUUUUAUGCCGUUCUGACUUUACAAUAAGUUUAGUCUUUAAAGAGAGAUUAUUGGAUACUUUUUUAAAUUGUGAGCAUUUGGAACAGAAUUGGGUCCUGAAUGGCUACUGCUCAGCUGCCCCUCCUACAGCGAAGCUGGUGGUGAUUGGAUCACCUCUGGAGGGGAGUGAUGUUAGCACACUGUUCAAAAACCCUGUGUCCUGCAUGGUUCCAAACCACGCUCUCUUCAAGUGACACACUGCCAGUCUGGCUAAGCCACAGCAGUCCCUAUCAGCUGGUUACACUUUUCUACUGAAUUUCAUUGAAAAAAUGUGAUCGAUUGAACACGAACACGUAACACUUUUGAUAAAAGCACAAGUACAUCGACAAGUUUAAGCAAAACAUAAUGGUAUUUAUAUGUAAUGGCUUUUGACACGUAAAGCUUAAAUUGAUCACACCCAAAAACGUUACCUUUCAAAAAAGGUAUUGAUCUUUUAGCACUAUUAAAGAGAAAUCUUAGCACUUAACCGUCUGCACGGCUUUUCCUUCAGUCUAUAUUUUCAUAGGAUUGCCUUUGCCUUAAAGUGAUCCAGACCAAAGUGUUGAUAUUCUUUUCAGGAUUGCUCAUAAACGAAUGCAGUAAGCUGGCUCUUGGACUGAAGUCUUGCGCCCAUCCCAUCGUCGUUCUCAUGAGACUUUUCAUCACUGGUCUCCAAGUCUUGUGCAGGCACCACAUGGAAACAAGCAAUCAUUUUGAUUGGUCUCCCACAUCCUGCGUCUUCAACGCAGCUGUUGACGUCUGUAGCAAAGUUGUUUUGUCUGGAAAUACUUCACUGCUGUUGAACAAAAGGGGGCCAGUUCUGUGACUGUCUACAGUCCUGGGCUCCUCCAGAGGUGAUGCCAAGGCAGACUCUUGUAGGCCACAGAUUUAGUAAGAGGUCCACAAUCAAAAGCCCCCCACGCAGAUAGUGGGUAUGGCCCUCAUUAAGAACGAUACAGGCUUGAGUGUCUGGUAGAGGCACUAAUGAAAUGGAGUUGAUCAGAGGGAUUUCACUUUGAUACUAUUACUAACAUGUCAAGUUGUGCUGUCAUGAUGUAAACUGUUCCCAGCUAUUGCCCGGUUAGGACAGGAGACAUACUUGACAGGCAGUGCUUUUUGAUUGGGAGUUGAAUUUGUGUGGAUUUGUUUUCCUUUAUCUGUUUCUCAUUUGACGCUAAUUGAAGAUUUGAACAUGAGUUCUCUCACUUUUCUCCCCAAAUCAUGUUCUGCUGUCAGUCAUUUUGGAAACAUUGCAUGUAUACUGAACAAAAAUAUAAACGCAACAUGCAACAAUUUCAAAGAUUAUACUGAGGUACAGUUCAUAUAAGGAAAUCAGUCAAUUUAAAUAAAUACAUUUGUUCCUAAUCUAUAGAUUUCAUUACUGGGCAUGGGUGCAGCCAUGGGUGGGCCUUUGAGGGCAUAGGCCCACCCACUGGGGAGCCAGGCCCAGCCAAUCAGAAUGAGUUUUUCCCCACAAAAGGGCUUUAUUACAGACCAAACUUGUUCUCAACACCCCCACUUCCCCCUCAGGCGAUCACGCAGGUGAAGAAGACGAAUGUGGAGUUAGUUGGCUGGCGUGGUUACACGUGGUCUGCUGUUGUGAGGCCAUUUGGACACACUGCCAAAUUCUCUAAAACAACAUUGGAGGCAGCUUAUGGUAGACAAAUUAACAUUCUCUUGCAACAGCACUGGUGGACAUACUUGCAGUCAGCAUGCCAAUUGCACGCACCCUCAAAACUUGAGACAUCUGUGGCAUUGUGCUGUGUGACAACAACUGCACAUUUUAAAGUGGCCUUUUAUUGUCCCCAGCACAAGGUGCACCUGUGUAAUGAUCAUGCUGUUUAAUCAGCUUCUUGAUAGGCCACACCUGUCAGGUGGAUGGAUUAUCUUUUGCAAAUGAGAAAUGCUCACUAACAGGGCUGUAAACAAAUUUGUGUACAACAUUUGAGAGAAAUAAGCUUUUUGUGCAAAUGGAACAUUUCUGGGAUUUUUUUUAUUUCAGCUCAGGGGACCAACAUAUUACAUGUUGUGUUUAUAUUUUUGUUCAGUGUAGUUUGGUCUUUUGGCCCAGAGUGAAAUGUUUUUGAUCAACCAUCAUGAACUUUAAUUGGAUUUUAUUAUUCAUAGGUCAAUGUGUUUUGGAUUAUUAUUUUAUCGUGAUCAUUAAAGGGGGGUUGUGCACUCUGAACUAAUGGAAGUCAUUCUGGUUGUAGUAGAAGCAAACGUGCUUGAAUGACUUUUUACCUUAUCCUAGUUUUCAAACCGUCUGAACGUCAUUGGUUGAUGUAUACCACGCCUCUUUUCCCUGUAGGUUUGGUUCACAUAUAUGACAUUGCUUUGUCAGACUCCAGUAUUCAAGGACACAAUGCUCCAAGAGGCCACAGUCAUGGAAAUAAUGCUGAUUACAAAGGCACAGAACAUAGACACGGACUGAUAUAACACACCAAUACAUGAGCAAUACAACUUCUGAAAGAGGACCAAAUCAGGCUUGUCUACCUGUCUGUGAGUUAUUGUCUAUCACAUGUCCAUGUAAAGAUCAUAUAGAACAGGCCACUCUUAUCAGUCACAAGUUAACAAAGUCUUUAUGUUGUAGGGAGUCCAAGAGCUAGAGGUCGAUCCUCUUUUCUCUGCUCCUGUUCAUGUGUAUAUUUCUGCUAUUGACAGGGAACGGUUUUCUUUAAGUGUUUGUCAGUUUUGUAGACACAGAGUUGUCUGUAGCUUUCUGAAUGAAUGGGUAAGAUUCUGAGUAUCAUGAAGAAUUAGGGGAUGGGAUUUCAGUGGAACCCUGGAGGAAGCACCCAAAGCUACACUGGUUUAUACAGUACAGAGGGCAUUUUGCUACACUGGUUCAUACAGUACAGAGGGCAUUUUGCAUGUGUUUGUGCAGUUUUUUUGUGCUACAAUUCCCUUCUGUGUUUUCAUGUUAUUUUUCUGUUGCUAAGAAAAACACCGUUCGCUCCAUUCGAGUCCAAUGUCCAGUUAAACAGUGUAUAAUUUGUUGCAGAAUCUAUACGAUUCUUUUUGGACGAAUUUCAGGAAUUUGCCCUUUGCAAAUAUUUUUCUAUAGAACUAAAGCAGAUUGCUAUCAAUAUUAUAUACACUGUCAUAUACAAUUGUACAGAUGAAAUAUAUCCUUAUAGCAAGUUGUUAAGCAUUACUAUGGGUUUGUUUUUUGUUAUUACUGUCAACGUAUUGGUAGUUCUCUCUGUAGGGUUUGUGUCCAUUAGGUUUUUAACUUUUUCUUUUUAUAUUAGGACUACGAAAACCUCACACUUCUGUAAGAUCGACUACAAGGAUUGUUGCAGAAGUUUUAGCAUUAGCCAGCGUUGGUCUCAUGGUGUUUGUGUAUCAUUAAUUCACAUUUCUAAUAUGACCCUUCAAUCAUUUCAUAACCUUGCGGUAUUUGUGAGACAAACUUUAACCUAGUACACAUUAAGACCAAUGCCUUGAUUCUCAUAGAAGCAUAUACAGAAUCAUAUAAUGUCAUUGUACAUCACCACCCCCAAUCUAUACUUACUUUUAUUUAUACUAUAUACACUCCUUUUGCCUUAUUGGAUCUCCUUAUUCAAUGUCAAGAGCCACUGGUCGUGACAAAAGAUUUUUGACAAUGUUUGCCAAAAGUUUGAUGAAAAUCUGGAUUUAUUUGCUUUUGAUUUGCCUUCCCAUUUUGAUUGAAGAUUUGAUUUGAA